AUGAACGUAGUGGCCAUCGAGAAAUCGUUAUUGAAUGGGCACUGGGACAACUCUUUUCCUCAUACUCCGUUGGUGGAUGUCGCUCAAGCUGUUGUAAGAGGCCGCUUCGGCGAAGCUCUCACAUCUUCCUAUGCUCAACAAUUAUUUCAAUUCAGACUCGCCGAUACGUUAAAGAAUUCCUUCAAUAUAUCUGCGUCGCUGAUGCAGGAUGGACCACAGAACGAGCUUUUGCGCUUGGCUCUCGCCGUAGCCUGCCUUCACGCCUUCCUCCAGGUCAACUGGACCGGCCCUGAUCUAGACUUCCAGCCUCUAGAUAUUUUAUCGCAAACAGAAUCUCAUGAUCUUUCAAACGAAACUCUCAAUGGACUCGCCAUCUCCGAACUUGCGCUUGGUGGAGAACCUGCAUAUCAUCUUGCGCAGCAUGCAAUAUUUCUGCGUCUCGCUCAGAUCCUCUUGGACGCUCCCUACCAUCACUGCCAGACUGCCAUUUGGUGGCGUCUGCGAGCUCAUCUUGUUCACCAGCAAGUGAUUGACGAACCCGUAAUACUUCCGGAUAAUGAUAUGACGACCUUUGAACACUGGCAAAGCCCAUUUGCCUUGGAUAGUCCUGAUUUGAAUGGCCGAUUGCUUUUAGAGCACGGCUUACUACAUCACAUAUUCCAGCAAGAUAAAAUUGCAGCUGAAUACUUCGUCAAGGCAGCUCGGGCUACCGAUCUACAGUACGAACUGACUGGUGCGCUUGGUAAGCGUACCAAGUUUCAGCAAACCGAACUCAGUCAGCUUGUGCUACUGGCAGAAAGUCAUCUCCCAGAUGUGAACCCCGAAAAGACGGAGGUCUUGUCCACGAAUGAGCCGGACCAAGCCGUCGUUCCCGAGACGCUUGCUCUGAAUGAUGAUACUCUGCUUGAAAAAACCGAGUUCACAUCAUCCAGACCAUUAGCUGAUCCAUCCUCGUCUUCUCUCUAUCGUAUCGAUCCCUCGAAUCAACCGCCGCUACACCCAUUGGACCAAUGCAUACUCCUCUCCCUCUGUCUCAACGUUCGGAACACUUCCCCUUUGCAUGGUCUAACCUCCGAGCAAAUGUCUCCUUACGUGGCCCGGGUCAUCUCUCACCCUCGCAAUUGGACCAUACACACAAUGGCACUUCUUCUCCGCUCCAGACUAGAGGCUAAUCGUACACGAACAGUGGAACGCUCCACACUACAACUACAAGCACUCGUAGACCAGAUGCCUGCAACUGACGUUGAAGCUGCUCCAGUCUCUGAGCGUUUACGCUAUCUACACUCUAUAUCCCUUCCUCCAAAAUGGGAACUUGAACGGGAGCUCGCCAAUCGCUUCAUUAGUCUCGGAGUGAUCAGAUCAGCCUUGGAUAUCUAUGAGCGUUUAGAAAUGUGGGAGGAGGUUGUGAAAUGUCAUGUAUCAUUGGACCGACCGGAUCGAGGAAUUACGAUCGUAAAGGAUCUGCUUGCGGGAAACAAAGUCGAGUCGGAGGCCGUCAUAUCGCGGGAGAAAGCAUCUGGCACUGUGGAUUCUAUGAAGAGACUUCAAAGGUUCGAUUCCGUCAGGGAAGCAAAAUUGUGGUGUAUCUUGGGCGACAUCGAGCCGGAACAUGCCGUGGAACACUACAAGCGGGCUUGGGGAAUUUCGAAAAAUACCUCUGGUCGGGCUAUGCGCUCUUUGGGCGGGUUCUAUUUUGCGAGAGCAGAAUACGGACUCGCUAGGGAAUGCUUACAAAAAUCCGUGAAAAUUGAGCCGCUACUUUCCAAGUCCUGGUUCAUUCUUGGUUGUGCUUGCAUGCGUUUGGAGGACUGGCAAGGUGCGAAGGAGGCAUUUGCUCGUUGUGUAACAAUAGACGAGGAGGACGGCGAGAGUUGGAGUAAUUUAGCAAGCAUGUAUUUGAGGAUUGAACAGUCCAACAAGGAUGGUGAUUCUGCAGAUACCACCGUUGUUUCUCAUGAUAACAAACAACUCGCUUUUAGAGCGCUCAAGGAAGGUCUCAGAAGGAGCUACGACAACUGGCGAAUGUGGUCUAAUUACAUGAUCAUCGCCGUCGACGUAGGGGAACUUGCAGAGGCAUGUCGAGCCUUAGGGCGCGUUGUUGAAGAGACGAGCAAUCAGGCAGGCGGCGUCGUUCUUGACGAAGAUGUCCUCGACCGACUAGUCAAUGCCGUUACUCGCGCACCUUCCGAUCCACAGGAAGCGGUGGCCAUCUCAAAUAGCGACCAGGUUCAAUAUUCAUUGAACCCGAACGAAGGACACGGUCUCUUACCUCGUGUGCUUGAUUUAUUCGACCGCAUCAUUCUCCCUCGUGUCUCAUCCACUAGAGUAUUCCGUGCCUAUGCCCGAUUACUAACAUGGAUGGGACGAUGGGAAGAUACUAUGAAGGCGUGGAUGGACGCCUACAGAGAAAGUGAUGCUGGGAAGUUGACGAGAGGCGAACUUGAUACGGUAGCUGUAGUCGGUGAUGACAUGGGAAGGCGGGUAUGGAGAGAUGCAGUCGGGGAAGUUGAAGAGAUCGUUGAUAUUCUCCGGAAUGUCGGCGCUCGGCUAGCGAGUAGUAGUGCAAAGAAGUGGAGAUUACAGGCGAAAAGUGUUGUUAGAAGCUUCAUGGCGAGGACCAGGGAGAAUUUCGAGGAUGAUUCUGAAUGGAUCAGACUGGAGGAGUUGCUGGAUGGGUUAAAGUAG